AUCCCUGAGAAAUCCCAAACCCAACACUCAACACCACUUCUAUUAUUCAGCAACAAAAUUGAAACAAACCGAGGCAAAACCAACUCAACAAAACCCACUUCACAGAACCAUGCAAACAUCUUCACUAAAUGAAAGACUGAACUUACUUUGUACCCAAGGCCAAUGGCCUCAAGCGAUUUCUCUUCUCUCUGCUAACCCUAAGGUGAAUUCCCCAGUCUACUCUUCAACCUAUGCCUGCCUAAUUCAAUAUUGCAUUGAUUCUAACUGUAUUGAGAAGGGCCAAAUAGUCCAAGCUCACAUGAUCUCCAAUGACUUUGAACCAGACACCUUCCUCCAAACCAAACUUAUCAUGCUCCAAGCUAGGUGUGGCAAUGUAGCGUUCGCCCGCCGUCUAUUUGACAAUAUGACCAAACCCAAUUCAACAGCUUGGAAUACCAUGCUUAUUGGGUAUAGCAAAGCAGGUCAUGAUAACGAGGUGCUCGAACUCUUCUCCAAGAUGCAUAGGGCUGGGUGCCUACCAGACAGGUUUGGUUUUCCAGCCACCAUUAAAGGAUUUUCAGGGUUAGAAGAUGAGACUGGCAUUAAGCUGGCUCACGCACUUACCAUAAAGACCAGUUUGAGUGAGAAUUUCGCAGUGGGGAGCGGCCUGGUUGAUGGGUAUGCGAAAGUUGGGUUGAUGGGUGAUGCGUCACUUGCUUUUGAGGAGAUUGGGGAGAAAAGUUUGGUUUCUUGGAAUGCUUUGAUAGGUGGGUAUGUUAGGGCUGGACGGCCUGAUGAAGCUUGGGAAGCCUUCAGUGAGAUGCAAGCUCUCGGUAUGGAUCCAGACCACUUCACUUUGGCAAGUAUGAUUAAGGCUUGCGGUGCUUUGAAGUCUGUAUUGAGAGGCGAGCAGGUGCAUGGAAGAGUACUAGUUAGUGGAUUUGGAAGAGACGUCUUCGUAUCCAACUCUCUAAUUGAUAUGUACGCAAAGCUUGGAAGCUUGGAAGCUUGUUUGCACGUAUUUGAUUCAAUGCCUGAAAGGAACCAAGUGAGCUGGAAUACCCUAAUUUCAGCCCAUGCGCAGCUCGGGUGGUUUGAGCAGGCUUUCUAUCUCUUCGCAAGAAUGCAGCAAUCUGGUUUUGAGAGUGAUCGCUUCAAUAUGGGAAGUAUUCUCAUGGCCUGUGCUGGUUUAGCCGCCAAGAAACCUGGUAGAGAGAUACACAGCUACUUGAUCAGAGGAUUACUCGAAUUGGACGUAGUUUUGGGGAGUGCUCUAGUAGACAUGUACUCGAAGUGUGGCAGCCUGGAAGAAGCUCGCCGAGUUUUUGAUAGAAUGGGACAACGAAAUGUUGUUUCAUGGAAUGCAAUUAUUGUUGGGUUUGUUCAGGUUGGGCAAGGGGAAGAAGCUCUCAAUCUAUAUCAUCAGAUGAAACAAACAGGCACAGUACCUGAUGAGUUCACAUUUGCUAGUCUGUUGACCCUUUAUACAGAUGAAGGGAACCUCAACCAAGGUAAAGAAAUCCAUGCUCACAUCAUUAGAACAAGUGCUCAGCACCAUCUAAUCUUGGAAACAGCAUUGGUAGACUUCUACGCGAAAUGUAAGAGAUUGAAGCAGGCUUAUAUUGUUUUUGAUAGAAUGCCUAAGAAGAAUGCAUACUCAUGGAAUGCCUUGAUUGUGGCGUACCAACAACAUGGCCAUCCUGAGGAAGCCUUGAAUCUCUUAUUGUCAAUGCAGCUUGCCAAAAUAAAACCAGAUUGCUUUUCACUCAAUAGCAUAUUAUAUGCCUGUAUGGAUCUUUUUUAUCUCAAAAGGGGGAAGCAAGUGCAUGGGUUCUUAGUGAGAAACCUGCUAGAGGACCAUGGGAUCCUGCGGUGCACUCUUGUUGAUAUGUACUCAACAUGUGGAAGAAUAGAUGAUGCCUGUAGAUUUUACCAUAGCGUGGUAGGAAAGGAUGUUUAUUUACACAACGUCAUGAUUGCUUCAUACGUUAAUUGCAAUAGAAUCGAAGAAGCAAGGCAGAUUUUUGAUGAAAUGGGGGAGAGAAACUCAGUCUCCUGGAAUGCCAUGCUCAGUGGAUACACAAGCAUUCAAUCUGAAGUAGAAGCUUUGAGGCUUUUCAGUAGAAUGAUGGAAGGUGGUGUCGAAUAUGACAGCUCCACCUUGGUCACUCUAUUUGAUGCGUGUGCAGGCCUGGCAGCUCUGGAACAGGGAAAACUGUUACAUGCCUGCAUGAUCAAGCAGGGAUUUAUGGAAGGCGUAGUUUUGGAUAGUGCUCUACUCGAUAUGUAUGCGAAAUGUGGUGACAUUGAAGCAGCUAAAAAAAAAUUCCACCGAAUGGUGGAAAGAAACACAAUAUCAUGGAAUGCCAUGAUAACAGGUUAUGCAAAGCACGGGCAAGGCAGAGACGCCCUCAUUUUAUUUGAUCAGAUGCAACACAAUGGAAUUCACUUAAAUCACAUAACCUUCCUCUCUAUUCUCUCUGCUUGCAGCCACACUGGGCUGAUUGAUGAGGGCUUGAAAAUCUUCCUUACUAUGAUUGAAGAGCACGGGAUUACUCCCAGAAUCGAGCACUAUAAUUGCAUGGUUGAUCUUCUCAGUCGAGCUGGACACCUGGAAGAUGCGUAUGAAAUCAUCAGAACCAUGCCUCUUGAACCAGAUGUAUCCACUUGGGGAGCAUUAUUAGGAGCAUGUCGAGUUCAUGGGAACGUGAGUUUAGGCAGGCAUGUAGCUGGACAGUUAUUCGAACUAGACCCGAAAAACCCAGGAAACUAUGUUUUGCUUGCAAAUAUAUUCGCUUCCAAAGGAAGAUGGAAGGAAGCUGAUGAGGUGAGGAAACUGAUGAAAAGCAGAGGAGUAACAAAGGACCCAGGAUUCAGCUGGAUUGAAAUUGAUAAGGAGGUGCAUAUGUUUCGUGCAGGGGACUCUUCACACUUUAGAUACAAGGAGAUACGAACAACACUUGAGUGUUUACUUCCAGGAAUGAAGGAAAUGGGGUAUAUACCAGAUACUAGCUAUGUGCUUCAUGAUGUUAAGGAAGAGGAAAAGCUAGGUUUUCUGCUUCGAUGCAGUGAGAGGCUGGCAAUAGCCCUACUAAGAACAACAAUCAUGGUAUUCAAGAAAUUGCCCAUCCAUGAACACUGCCAUUCUGCAAAGGAGGGAUCUAAACCACUUCAAUCACUUUGAAGAUGGGACUUCUGUUAAGUUUGGACCAUAGAGGUUGAGGGCAUCUCGUGGGUUUAUCUGGUGCUAAAGUUUAUAAAUGCUCUUCUUAGCCUUGCAAACCACAAAUACCAGAACUUCCCUUUCAGGUUUGCUCCCACCUUGGGAAUUGAAGCUUUCAUUACGCUUCUGCAAAGUGCAAACUAAGGAAUAAAUAUCAGAUGCAAAACCUUGCACUUGCUUGGCUUGAGAGGGUGGUAGUGACCUGGCAUCAAAUAAUAGUAAUUUGACCAAGUUCCCCACUGAUGAGGACUUUCUGUUGGUGAAGUACCAACACUUCUCAAGACAAGAUGUUUAUUAGCUUGUGUUAAUCAAAGGAAUAUUUAUAGAUACACAUAAAAACCUCAACAAAAAAAGAAAAAUUAAAACUAUCACAGAAUUAUCUGGUGCACACUUGCAGUUUUAGUAAAUCAUAAAUAAAACUACUGUGACCCUACCAGCUGUAGGUAGAAACCAAGAGGAAUGGGUGUGGUGGAAUGUCUACGAAGUGAGCAAUAUGAAAAAACCAUACACAGGCUGCAGAGACCCUGCUAGUGCAACAUUCCCUUCACUUGGUUAAGGCAGUUUACAUGACACUGAUUGAUCGCUUGGGACCAUCA